AUGCGCCUAACCCUCCCAGCGCUCCUGAGCGCCCUCCUCCCAGCCUUGGGGGGCCUGGCCUCGUCCUCCUCUUCUUCCUCCGCCGACAACAUCGGCACCGUCUCGCUCACCCUCACGGUCCCGCCGGCGCAGCACCUGCCCAACCCGCACGUCCUGCCCGCCUCGACGCACGCGACGCUGACGGCGCUGGGCCACCCGCGCCGCGCCGCGCCCUUGACCGUGUCCAACACGUUUGUCUUUCACAACGUCACGCCCGGCUCGUACCUGGCCGACGUGCACAGCGCCGCCUACGGGUUCGUCCCGCUCCGCGUCGACGUCCUGGAACCUGCGGCUGCUGCUGAUGCCAAUGGAGGUCCGGUCGUCAAGGUCUGGGAGACGUACCGCGGCAACGAGUGGGGGAACAAGGGCGAAGAGGUCCUUAAUACGGGAGGUGGUGGAGGAAAGGCGGCCUCUGGACCUUCUUUUGCGGUCCGCUGUCUCGGCAAGAAGGUCUUCUUUCAGGAGAGGGGAAAGUUCUCGAUCUUGACCAUUCUCAAGAACCCCAUGAUUCUCAUGGGUCUGGCCAGCAUGGGUAUCUUCUUUGGCAUGCCAAAGCUGGUCGAGAAUAUGGACCCCGAGAUGCGCGCAGAGUGGGAAGAGCAGCAAAAGAAGAACCCAAUGAGCAGCAUCAUGGGUGGCGGCUCCAGCGGUGGCAACCCAAUGAGCAGCUUUGACAUGGCCUCAUUCAUGGCGGGCUCUAACAACAACAAUAAUAACGAGGGCAGCUCUGGAAAUGGGGGUAAGAAGGGCGGGAAGAGAUAG